AUUACCUUCUACGGCGGGAGAAUAGACGCUAUUCACGAUGUCAAAGGUUUGUGGUAACUUGUUGUUCUGGUUCACGAUCAUUUGCUAUUUAUUAGGUCAAUUAAUGACCGUCGUAUAUAUUCUUACUAACAAUAACUACCGUCAAAAUUUUCCCAAUUUACAGAGUCGGUUAGGUUUAAGAAAUGUUUGUAUCAGGUAAGGACGGUGUAGGAGCUAAGAUGGACAGUAUGGAACUGGAGAAGCAGCGAGGAAUCACCAUUAAAUCUGCUGCUACAUCUCUGCUGUGGAAAGGUAACCAGUUGAACCUGAUAGACACCCCCGGACACAUAGACUUCACAGUUGAAGUGGAGCGAGCUCUGAGGGUUUUGGAUGGUUCAAGUGUAAGUCUGAGAGCAGGAUGGCAGGGGUUAAGAAGUGGACUUAUCGGAGGGCUUACCAGCAUUCCCAGUUCUAUAGUGAGAGGGAUUAACCAAGACGGAGUGACGGGGGCAGUGACCGGACUAGCUAAAGGUCUCAUUGGAACUGUUGCUAAACCAGCUGCUGGUUUACUCGACUUUGCCUCAGGGACUACACUGGCCAUAACGCAGAGUACUCGAUCUAGUCACAGUAUCGGAGAGAUAAAAAGAAUACGGCUGCCUCGAUGUUGCAGUGGAGAGAUCCUGGCAAUCUUCUCCACAGACACUGCACAAGGCAUGGCUACUCUGUGGAAACUGAACCGCAAGUCACGUGAGGAACAGUUCAUUUCCUGGUGUGUGGUGAACACCCGCCUCAAGAUCCUGGUGUCCAGUGAGCGGGUCAGACUUAUCGAGAGAGAAUCUGGUAACAAGGUUGUAAAGGAGAUCAUGUUAGACUCGAUAGGACAGUGCGUGUAUGCUCCCCGGAAUAACGGUGGAACUACAGAACAUAACCUAGCUAUACAGAUCUACGAUACUCUGCCUCCACCAGGUGUUUUUAACAUGGCUCCUGACUCGUGUCCCAAACUCAACUGUAACUCUCAGAAAACUAGCCUCAAGAUCAGUCAGGACAUUCAGUAUGCUAUUGAUCUGAAGAGAGAGGCUGCUUUUUUAGUUAGCGGUGGCAAAACUUUCAGUAAUAGUGGAAGGGACACAAGAUAGCACAGUUUUGUAGUCGUUUAAUUGAUAAAUUAAAUGGUUAAAAUUCUAUGGUUUAACUUUAUUAGUUUGUUACAUGCAAUCUUAAAAACAUGUUCUUGUAAUUAAUUGGUAUUGCCAGCGCAAUACACGGUUAUGUCAAUUUUCUUCUAAAGAAUUAAAAGUUGUGAAAUCCAUUAGAACAGUAUAAAUUAAAUUUAGAAGAUCUAUCUGCUUUCUGGUUUGCUUACAGAAGGGUAAAUUAUUUUCCGACUAUGCUGUAAAUAAGUUAAAUCAAGUAACUGUCUAACAUUGCAUGCGCUAAGACCAGCAUUUUGUAUAAAAUUUUGAUUAAAUCUAUAAUAAGUUGAAUUUUGACAAUAUUGAUAUGAUACUGAGUGAAAACUGUUAUUAGUGAAAACAACACCUCACCCCGUGAUACCGAUUUGCUUUGACAUUGUCUGGAGUCUUAUAUAGUAACCGAUCCUGUGGUGGCAUCUGAUAUGGGCUACAU